CUCCCGCUGCAGCGCGCCGGGUCCUGGCCGCGCCCCUGCCGAGCGCCGCACAGCACAGCAGCCGAGACCCUCGCUCGUUCCCUGGGCGGCAGCGCGGGCGCCGCACCGACCAUGGCGGGCAUCGCGGCCAAGUUGGCUAAAGACCGGGAGGCGGCCGAGGGACUGGGCUCGCACGAGAGGGCGGUCAAGUACCUCAACCAGGACUAUGCGGAGCUGCGGGACCAGUGCCUGGAGGCCGGGGCGCUCUUCCAGGACCCCUCCUUCCCGGCCCUCCCGUCUUCCCUGGGCUUCAAGGAGUUGGGUCCGUACUCCGGCAAGACCCGGGGCAUCGAGUGGAAGCGGCCCACGGAGAUCUGCGACAAUCCCCAGUUUAUUAUUGGAGGAGCUACCCGCACAGACAUCUGCCAAGGAGCCCUGGGUGACUGCUGGCUGCUGGCAGCCAUCGCCUCCCUCACCUUGAACGAAGAGGUCCUGGCUCGAGUCGUCCCCCUGGACCAGAGCUUCCAGGAGAACUACGCGGGGAUCUUCCGCUUCCAGUUCUGGCAGUACGGCGAAUGGGUGGAGGUGGUGGUGGACGACAGGCUGCCCACCAAGGACGGGGAGCUGCUGUUCGUGCACUCGGCGGAGGGGAGUGAGUUCUGGAGCGCACUGCUGGAGAAGGCCUAUGCCAAGAUCAAUGGGUGUUAUGAAGCACUCUCAGGGGGUGCCACCACCGAGGGCUUCGAGGACUUCACUGGAGGCAUCGCUGAGUGGUAUGAGCUCAGGAAGGCCCCUCCCAACUUGUUCAAGAUCAUCCAGAAGGCUCUGCAGAAAGGCUCUCUCCUUGGCUGCUCCAUUGAUAUCACCAGCGCCGCGGACUCGGAGGCCGUGACGUUCCAGAAGCUGGUCAAGGGACACGCGUACUCGGUCACCGGCGCCGAGGAGGUUGAAAGCAGAGGAAGCCUGCAGAAGCUGAUCCGCAUCCGGAAUCCCUGGGGAGAGGUGGAGUGGACCGGGCAGUGGAACGACAACUGCCCAAACUGGAACACUGUCGACCCAGAGGUGAGGGAAAGCCUGACCAGACGGCAUGAAGAUGGAGAAUUCUGGAUGUCUUUCAGCGACUUCCUGAGGCACUAUUCGCGCUUGGAGAUCUGCAACCUGACCCCCGACACACUCACCAGUGACUCGUACAAGAAGUGGAAACUCACCAAGAUGGACGGGAACUGGCGGCGGGGCUCCACCGCGGGCGGCUGCAGGAACUACCCGAAUACUUUCUGGAUGAACCCUCAGUACCUGAUCAAGCUGGAGGAGGAGGACGAGGACCAGGAGGACGGGGAGAGCGGCUGCACCUUCCUGGUGGGCCUCAUCCAGAAGCACCGGCGGCGGCAGAGGAAGAUGGGCGAGGACAUGCACACCAUCGGCUUUGGCAUCUACGAGGUUCCGGAGGAGUUGACCGGACAGACCAACAUCCACCUCAGCAAGAACUUCUUCCUGACGCACAGAGCGAGGGAGCGGUCGGACACCUUCAUCAACCUGCGGGAAGUGCUGAACCGCUUCAAGCUGCCGCCGGGCGAGUACAUCCUGGUGCCCUCCACCUUCGAGCCCAACAAGGACGGGGACUUCUGCAUCCGCGUCUUUUCCGAAAAGAAGGCCGACUACCAAGUCGUGGACGAUGAAAUCGAGGCCGACCUGGAAGAGAAUGAUGCCAGCGAGGACGACAUCGAUGACGGAUUCAGGAGGCUGUUUGCCCAGCUGGCAGGAGAGGAUGCAGAGAUUUCUGCCUUUGAGUUGCAGACGAUCCUGAGAAGAGUUCUAGCAAAGCGCCAAGACAUCAAGUCAGACGGCUUCAGCAUCGAAACCUGCAAGAUCAUGGUUGACAUGCUGGAUUCGGACGGGAGUGGCAAGCUGGGUCUGAAGGAGUUCUACAUCCUUUGGACAAAGAUUCAAAAAUACCAGAAAAUUUACCGGGAAAUUGAUGUGGACAGGUCGGGCACCAUGAACUCCUAUGAGAUGCGGAAAGCAUUAGAGGAAGCAGGUUUCAAGCUGCCCUGUCAGCUCCACCAAGUCAUCGUCGCUCGGUUUGCAGAUGACCAGCUCAUCAUCGAUUUUGACAAUUUUGUUCGGUGUUUGGUUCGACUAGAAACACUAUUCAGGAUAUUUAAGCAGCUGGAUUCAGAGAAUACUGGAACAAUCGAGCUGGACCUUAUCUCUUGGCUGUGUUUCUCGGUACUUUGAAGUUAUGACUAACCUGCCUGAAGACGUCUCAUGAAAGAAAACCCACCAAGGACUAAACCUCCACAGAGAAAUUUUUUAUCUGGAUCAUGAAAUGAUGGGAACAUUCACUUAAACCGAUUAGCGCUGAAAAUGAUACUGUCUAUGUGAGAACGCAGACCUCCUAGAUAUCAAAGUAAAAGAUUUGCAUAUCACACUAAAUGCAAUGAGUUGAUUAGUUAACCUCAAUCAAAUUAGGGAAAACCUUUGGUCUGGACAUAGCACACACUUUGUACUUUGAGACACUUUCCUGUUCAUCGCAAUAUCACAUCAGGAAGAAAGGCAGCGAGAUACUUAGCAGCCGAGCUUACUGUAACAUGCAGUCGAUCUCAAAGGAUCCGGGGUCCCUGCUGGCAAUAUUUAAAGCUACUUCACGUUUAAAAAUGCAGCUGUGGCGCCCACCCAACAGCGGUGCAGGGAUGACCAUUUCCUUUGAGUAAGAUGGAAAAAUAUUUUGCAUCGCAAAGGCAUCGGAAGACACCAGGCAGGAAGCACAGCUCUGUCAUUUGCGUUACAUGAGAGACAGACUAUAGAAAACGGCUUGGUGAACAGUGACGUGUUCAUAAGCCCUUGAGCAUAUCCAGUCGUAGACAUUGUCAUGAAGACCGAAGGGAUUCACUCUCGCUCAGCUGAAGCCGUGACCCAGCAAGCCCACUGCGAUGGAAGACAGCACAGCUGCCUCCAAACUUCCUGAAUGUCACUGCAAGCAUCAAGCAUCGCGCGUGGAUGGGGUGGGGGGACGCCCUGCGGAAGCACCGCACCCUGCAGAAGGGACGCGGGCUUGACUCCUUCCUGGCUGCACCUUGGGGAAAUGCUAGCAACAUUAAAAAGAUACUGCCUUGUUGCCUUAUUUUCUUCCACAUGUACUGUUCAAUAAAGAGUCGCCCAGGC